CCGUCAUCUUCAUAAUGCUCUCCCUUCAAAAGGCCUCAAAAUCCUCCGCGCGGCGCAUUGUCCGCCGUGUGCCUGCUGCCUCCCUGCAGGUCGGACGCUGGCAGCCCACGAGAGGGCUUGCGACUCCCUCGGAGCCAUACGACGCUGUCAUUAUUGGUGGAGGUCCGGCAGGAUAUGUGGCCGCUAUCAAGGCAGCUCAGUUGGGUCUGCGGACUGCUUGUAUUGAGAAGCGUGGAUCGCUGGGCGGCACAUGUCUAAAUGUUGGCUGCAUCCCAUCAAAGGCCAUGCUCAACAACUCGCAUCUGUAUCACCAAACUCAACAUGACCUCAAACGACGAGGGAUAGAUGUCAGCGGCGUGGCGCUGAACCUGCCGCAAAUGCUCAAGGCGAAAGACGAUGCCGUUUUCAACCUGACGCGCGGUAUCGAGAUCCUCUUCAAGCAGAACAAGGUCGACUACAUCAAGGGCACGGCCUCUUUCGUUUCGCCAACCCGCAUCGCGGUCGACCUCACUGACGGCGGCGCGUCCGAGAUUGAAGCGAAGAACGUCAUCAUCGCGACUGGGUCCGAGGUCGCGCCGUUCCCCGGCGGCGCGAUCGAGAUCGACGAGCAACAAAUUGUCAGCUCGACUGGUGCGCUCGAACUGCAGAAGGUCCCAGAAAAGAUGGUCGUCAUCGGAGGUGGAAUCAUCGGGCUUGAGAUGGGCAGUGUCUGGAGCAGGCUCGGUGCAGAGGUCACGGUCGUCGAGUUUUUAGGCGCCAUCGGUGGUGCUGGUAUUGAUGAGGAGAUUGCUAAGCAGUUCCAGAAGAUCCUGACGAAGCAGGGCUUCAAGUUCAAGCUGAACACGAAGGUCAUCUCCGCUGAGAAGAAGGAUGGCAAGGUCUACGUCAACACCGAAGCGGCCAAGGACGGAAAGGCAGACACGCUCGAAGCCGACGUCGUCCUCGUCGCUGUCGGCCGGCGCCCAGUGACCAACGGGCUCAACCUCGACAAGAUUGGCGUCGAGGUCGACAACAAGGGGCGUAUCGUUAUCGACGACCAGUUCAACACCUCCGUUAAGGGCAUUCGGUGCAUCGGUGACGUGACAUUUGGGCCCAUGCUCGCACACAAGGCAGAGGAGGAGGGUAUCGCCGCCGCGGAGCACAUCCACGCCGGCCACGGCCACGUCAACUACGGCACGAUCCCGUCGGUUGUGUACACCCACCCCGAGGUCGCAUGGGUUGGGAAGACCGAGCAGGAGCUCAAGGCCGCGGGCGUCAAAUACACUACCGGCAAAUUCCCGUUCCUCGCCAACUCCCGUGCGAAGACGAACCUCGACACUGAGGGACAGGUGAAGUUCCUCGUGGAGAAGGAGACUGACAAGAUCCUUGGUGUUCACAUCAUCGGUCCCAACGCCGGUGAGAUGAUCUCCGAGGCCGUCGUCGCGAUGGAGUACGGUGCAAGCGCUGAAGAUAUCGCACGGACGACGCACGCGCACCCCACUUUGAGCGAGGCCUUCCGCGAAGCCGCGCUCGCUGCCUACGCUGGCAAGGCUAUCCACUUCUGAGCCUUUCUUCGGCCAUCGCGCGAGCAUCCCCCACAUAGACCUCGGCAGGAGCGACAUGCAUCUCUGGAGGGACUCUGACUUUUUUUUUGGUUCCGGUUGUGUUUGUAGACAACGCGUACUCGUAUAUGCUGAUCUUUGAAUCUACAUAAUUGCUCAUACCA